AUGCGUGCCGACUCUAAAAAAGUGGCAAUUCUGAUCACUGAUGGACAAUCUCAGGAUCAGGUGGAGCCAGCCGCCAAAAACCUGAAGGACACUGGGAUAGAGACAUACGUUAUUGGUGUGGGCCAAGACGUUGAACACAGUGAAAUGAAGAUCAUCGCUUCUGGAGAUGUUGGAACACAUGUGUACAUAAGUGAAGAUUUUAGAUUCCUCCACAGCAUCAUAAACAGCCUGACCCACAGCCUGUGUCACAGAGCUCCCAGCACAGACUCUGUCAGGUUGGUGAAUGGUACCAGUCUGUGUUCAGGCAGACUGGAGGUGAAAACCUCCCAAUCCAACCAGAACUGGUCUUUGGUGUGUAAAGAUGACUUUGACUGGGAGGAUGCAGACGUGGUCUGUAAGGAGCUAGGCUGUGGAUCUCCUUCAGCCCUGAAGGGGGCGCUCUAUGGAGAAGUGGAAGCUUCAACAUGGACAGCAAAGUUCAACUGUGGAGGAACAGAGUCUUCCCUCCUGGACUGCAGAAGAUCAGGCUCUGAUAGAAACACCUGCCAAUCUAAGAAAGCCCUCAGACUCACCUGUUCAGAACCCAUCAGGUUGGCGGGAGGAGCCAGUCGCUGUGAAGGAACACUGGAGCUGAAACGAACAGAGUGGAGACCAGUUAAAGGUCCAGACUGGUUCUUGAUGGAAGCAGCUGUCGUCUGUGGUCAGAUGAACUGUGGUUCUGCUGUUUCUGUUCAAAAACGUGAGAAAUCCUCGGUCGGAUCUGUGUGGUGGGUCGGUUCUGACUGUGUUCGGUCUGGAUAUCCUCUGAGAGAGUGCGCAUCAGCAGACUUAUCUUCCUCCGUCCUGGACAUUACAUGUUUAGACAGUGUCAGGUUGGUGAAUGGUACCAGUCUGUGUUCAGGCAGACUGGAGGUGAAAACCUCCCAAUCCAACCAGAACUGGUCUUUGGUGUGUAAAGAUGACUUUGAGUGGGAGGAUGGAGAUGUGGUCUGUAAGGACCUAGGCUGUGGACCUCCUUCAGCCCUAAAGAGGGCGCUCUAUGGAGAAGUGGAAGCUCCAACAUGGACAGCAAAGUUCAACUGUGAAGGAACAGAGUCCUCCCUCCUGGACUGCAGAAGAUCAGGCUCUGAUAGAAACACCUGCCAUUCUAAGAAAGCCGUCAGACUCACCUGUUCAGAACCCAUCAGGUUGGCGGGAGGAGCCAGUCGCUGUGAAGGAGCACUGGAAGUGAAGCUCGGCUCAUGGAAACCAGUGACAGCCUCAGGUUGGACCAAGAAGGCAGCAGCUGCAGCCUGCAGAGAUUUGGACUGUGGUUCACUCAUUUCCCAGGGAGCCAGGAAUGACUCUUCAGUUGGAGGAGUUUGGGAGAUGGAGAUCAGCUGUUUGAAAUCUGGACGUCCACUUAGGCAGUGUGCAUCACAAUCAGUAUCGUCAUCUCAGUCCGGCACAAUUCUGGAGCUUGUGUGCUCAGACCUGCUGGCUCAUCCGACCAUUUCGGUGUCGUCCAGAGAAGGGCUCACAAGCAACCCUGAGUCGACCUCAGUGGGAGUGUUUCUGGGCUUCAGCUUCACCAUCAGCUGCUCCGUCCAGCCACAGUAUCCAGGAGGCUCCUUCCGGCUUUCCUUCACUUCUUCCAACACCACACACAGCUACGCCCAGCCAGCCAGCAAUCACUCUGCACACUUCUUGUUUCCUGCUGCAGAGCCGGCCCACGGAGGAAGCUACAGCUGUGUUUAUAACGUCCAUGUUUUCUCUCAUAACUUCUCCUCCGACAGCCGCGUGCUGAUUCUGAGAGUCACAGAUCCAACAGUUUUCCUCAUCAGACUGGUGGUCCUGCUGCUGAGUCUGCUGAUCUCCAUCUCUGUGAUUUACUGGAGCCAUCAGGUUGCGGAGAGACCACCAGGGGGCAGCAGACUGACCCACGGAAGAAGUGGAUGUUGGCGGAAGAUGCGGGGUGAAGUGGCGGAAGACCAAGAGGAGGAAGCUCUGUAGCGACACCGUAUGGUGGAGAAUGUGUACUGAAGGAACCAGCUCAUUAGAACCGCUGGAACAUUCUUGAUGUUACUUUGAUGUUCAAUGUCUUUUUUCCCAAAAUCAUGUCAGGUGCUGUAUUUUUGGCUUGGUUCUGUUUUUCCAGACUCUUGUCUUUGGUUUUCUUAUUAAUGAUUUUUAAUAUAAUCCUUGUGAUGAUGUUUCUGGCUGUUUAGGUUUAUGUAAAUCUCAGAUUAUCCAGAGACUUUAUAAUCAGUAGCUGUGAGUUUGCUUUUUGUGUUAUGUGUUAAUGACAUUCAGUCAGAAUGAUGAUGAGUAUGGAGCUGCGUUAGGGUCAUAUACCGUAUUUUCUGGACUAUAAAGCGCACCUGCAUAUAAGCCGCAACCGCUCUAUUUAAAAAAAAAAAGAUUAAAAAAAGACAUACAAGCCGCACCUGCAUAUAAGCCGCAUCCGCUCUAUUAAAAAAAAAAAUUAAACAAAGACAUACAAGCCGCAUCCACUUCAUUAAAAAAAGUUUUGCGAGCCACAGAUAUUUAUGUUUUUAGAUUAGAUAUUUACUACAGGUACAAAACAAUUUUGAAUUGUAAAUGAACAUGUAUGUACCUAAAUAGAUCCUUUCCUAACCUUUGUCUGAAAGCUUUCCUCGACUUCGGGCAUUUCAUAAACUCUCCCCGCUGCCUCCUUCAGCGUCUCACCAUAGACUCAUUGACGCUUAGCUUCCGAGCAGCAGCGCGGUUUCCUUUCUGUAUAGCGACAUCGAUGGCCUUCAACUUAAAACUGGCAUCAUACAUAUUUUUUCGUGUGGGUUCCAUGAUGAAGGGGUGAAGAAGAUGAAUAUAAUAGGAUUGGAAAUUUGUCGUCCUUCUAUCUGCUUCUACCAGUUAUAUCUGCUAAAGAGGAAGUAGCGUAUUCUUCUUUGCAUUUAUUUUAUCUUAGUUUUGAUUCUAGUUCCGGUUAGGGCGAGGGACCGAAAUGGCAGAGCAAUUACGUUCAAUUUGACACCGGCAUGGCGUGGCAUGUAUCCGAAGUGGCAGGGAGAGCAAACAGUGCCACUUGGGUAUUAGUUUGUAUUGUACAUCAGGGGUCAUUUUGUGCCAUUUGGGUGGAAAUGCAAUUUCUGUUAAUUCCAUUGGAUGGCAUUCCUGUUUUAUGAUUUUAACCUUAUGGACACCAUUAUGAGUGUGUGGGGGAGGGGCGGCGUGCCAUGAGGGGUCAUGUCUGAGUGCCCCCUUGUGGCAAAGGGUCUUGAUGAUAUUUCCCAAGUGCCGGGGGU